UCCCGCCCGCCCGCUCCGGCUCCGGCGCCGCCGAACCGCCGGAGGCGGGGAGCCGGCGGCCGUCUCCUCCGCCCUCCCUCCCUCCCUCCCAUCGCCGCCCGCCGCCGCGAGAUCCGCUUCGCCCCUCUCCACGUCGCGUGGUUACAGAUGAAUCAGCCUGAGGUUAACGGUUUGUUAUGUGUUGGAUUGCAUCAAACAGAUGGGGGUGACGAAUUGUAUGCAACUGAAUGUCUAAAAAUGAACCAGGGUUCUUCACAUGAAACAAACAAGUUGGAUGCAGUAAUGUCAGCUUCAACAAUGCACAGUGAUCAUAACAAUGCUAAUGCAUGCGUAGAUGAUUACCAACAUACAAAGAUGAUGGCAGGAAUUCAACCUAUGGAGGAAGUUGGUUUUGGCUGUACGCAACCCUUUGAGCUGCAAUCACAAGGGAUAGUACCUGAUUCUGAGGAAGAAAGCUUGCCAUCUAGCCCUGAAACUUCUUCAACAUCCAAUUAUGAUAUGCCUGAUUUAGCUGAGCAAAACUUGGAGCAUAUUUACAAUGUUUUGGGUGAAAUGGUUGAUAAGGAAGGGCCAGUUGUACUUAGUCCAGAGUAUGUGAUGUGCGGCACAACUUCGCAUGUGGAACCUCGCUUAACUUUCUCAGCAGACGGAUUCAAGAUCGAAUACUGGGAUUCUUGUGAAAAUGAUGAGAUGGCAGCUCAAUAUUGGAAAAUUUCUGAUAUUACCUGCAUUGAUUGUAAAUGGGCACAGAGUGUUGGAUCUGUCUUAAUAACUCUCCAUGUUGGAUCCGGCACAGAAACUGGAAAUUCUAGUCAUGAUAGAAUACAGUUUUGUCUUAUUGAUUCACAGUGGCCAAGGAAACAGCAAAACAUUUGGCAUCUUGCAUCAAGAUACCAAGAAAUAUGGAACAAUAUUCCAUCGGGUGAUUUUGCAUCAGAGAAUUGGAACAUUGAACCCAGUUUGUUUUUCCCUAAGCAAUACUUUUCUGACACUGAAGAAUUUGAAGAUGUUAUCUAUCCCAAAGGAGAUCAUGAUGCUGUUUCCAUUAGCAAAAGAGAUGUUGAGCUGCUGCUACCUGAAACAUUUGUCAACGAUACAAUAAUUGACUUUUAUGUCAAGCACUUGAGCACAAGAAUUGAACCCGCUGAGAAGCACAGGUAUCACUUCUUUAAUAGCUUCUUUUUUCGCAAGCUGGCUGAUCUUGACAAAGAUCAAGGGAGAGCUCCAGAAGGUAGAGCAGCUUUCCUACGUGUACGCAAGUGGACUCGUAAAAUAAACAUAUUCACGAAGGAGUUUCUGUUUAUUCCAGUAAACUUCAACUUGCAUUGGAGCUUAAUUGUCAUUUGUUAUCCUGGAGAAGUGGAGACAUUUAAAGAUGGUGACACAAAUAUCUCUGCAAAGAUUCCAUGUAUACUACACAUGGAUUCUCUCAAGGGAAGUCAUAGUGGACUGAAGGAUAUCAUCCAAAGUUAUUUAUGGGAAGAAUGGAAGGAAAGGCAUCCUGAAUCAGCAUCAGAUUGUUCGGACAAGUUCUUAAACUUGAGGUUUAUCUCCCUCGAGCUCCCUCAGCAGGAUAAUUCAUUUGAUUGUGGCUUGUUCUUACUCCAUUACGUGGAACUCUUUUUGAUGGAUACUCCGAGAAGCUUCAAUCCUUUGAAGAUUGACUCGUUCGCUAACUAUCUUAGUGAUGAUUGGUUUCCACCUGCUGAAGCUUCUCUCAAGCGUUCAUUGAUUCGAAAAUUAAUCCAUAAGCUGUUGAAAGAGCCUUCUCAAGAUUUUCCCAAACUAGUCUGCUGUAGUGAGCAGCUGGAUAAAACACAUGGGAGUGAGAACGCUGAGCUAGAACAAAUGAGUGAGAAUGCUGAGCGAGAACAAGCUAAAGAGCUCCCAGCUCAGAUGUGCACUGAUGGUGAACCUGAUUCAGUUGGCACCAUUCUUGAAACACAGCAACCAUCCAUAUCAACAUGUUUCAAUUAUUCUGAUGAAAACGGCCCACCUGUUUCUGUACACAACCUACAUAAGUUGGAGGUAUCGUCUGCAAACAAGGAUGCCAUUGUCUGCUUGUCAAAUCAUGAUGAGAAAAAUGAGUCACCUCCUGCAGAUUCUUACAAUCAUCUUGAUUUGAGAUCAUGCGACUCAGAAGAGGCUGAGACAGCCAAGGGAUCAGCUGGUGUUGUGAAAGAUCCGAAUAGUCAUAAGGAGCCUUUGCUGGAUUCUCUGGAUAAUAACCAGGAUAUUUCCAUCCAAGCUGGAGCUGAGAUGCAUGACAGUAUGGACUCCAAGUUAUGUUCGAUCUCCAAUAAUGCUGACUUAAUGGCUAGCGAGGAACGUUCGUUAGACAAGAACACCAAUGAAAAUGAGGAGCACAAUCGAACCUCAGAAGAUAUCGUAGAAUCUGUCAUGAUGCUUGGCGGCAGCAAAAGUGACACUGAACUUGAUGCAGAACCAGAAAGGACUGCAGGUGAAGCUGAGGUUCGGAAUUGUGAUCAUUCUAAGGACAUAGAUUAUAUUGCAUUAGGUGAUAUCAACAAAGAUGCUGCUAAGCAAUCUUUAAAUAGGAAUAUUGUUGAAGCUGAGGACAUUAAAUGUGAAGGUACUCUUGUGGAUCAUACAGUGGUAGAAGAUGCAACUCCAUAUAAUGUGAAUGAAACUAGUGCAAGUGCCGACAAGAUCAAUGAUAAUGAGCAUAAUGUUUCAUCUGAGUUGAAAGAAGGAAAUAACGGCAAUGGUAUAACCACUUCAAUUUCCUGUGAAAUGGAAGAUAGAAGCAUUGACAAUUUAAUGGUAGGUGAUAGCAGAAACGGAACAGAUGAAACUCGUGCAGAUGGCCAAGAAGCUCACGAUAACUCUGCAACAGCUGAGACAGUUCCUUGCGAAGACAAUGCAACAACCAGCAUAACUGAUGCUGAGAUGCCACACGAAGAUAGCACAUGUAGCGUGAAGGGUGAAGCAAUUUCGGAUAACACAGCAUCUGAUGCCAAAAGACCUCUGCCUGAUAGCACCUACAUAGAAGAUAUACCUGACGACAAGUGCUUGCAGAAAGAUGAUGGCGGGGGUGAUGAAGCAAAAACAGAGCGGCACUACAAGCGACGGAAGUUUCUGGUCUCUGAAGCAACAUCUUGAGAUUAGAUUGGACCUGUGUAGGUGCUAGUUUUCGCUUUGUGUUAUAUGUAUUCAUUUUUAUUGCCUUUACGCAAUAUCCUUGUCUUCUAUAGGUGAGUCCAUGAAAUUUGUAAGUUAUGAAUAGACAUAGACCUCAGAGCUAUAUGAAACUCUGAUGCCUAGCUGCCUGCAUGACCAACUUUUGUUAAAGGUCUUAACUUAGAUUUGGAACUGAAAAUUGUUGUAUAUGGGCGAACUUUGUCAUGUGCUGCUAAGAUUUCCGAUACCGGUAAUCAUCAUAAUUUAUAGGGGCUGGCGUGUUAGUGAGCUAGGCUCGAAGUUUCAAAUC